AUGGACCCAAGUGGGGUCAAAGUGCUGGAAACAGCAGAAGACAUUCAGGAGAGACGCCAGCAGGUCCUAGACCGGUAUCACCGCUUCAAGGAGCUCUCAACCCUCAGGCGCCAGAAGCUUGAAGAUUCCUAUCGAUUCCAGUUUUUCCAAAGAGAUGCUGAGGAGUUGGAGAAGUGGAUUCAGGAGAAACUUCAGAUUGCAUCUGAUGAGAAUUAUAAAGACCCAACCAACUUGCAGGGAAAGCUUCAGAAGCACCAAGCCUUUGAAGCUGAAGUGCAGGCCAACUCAGGAGCCAUUGUUAAGCUGGAUGAAACUGGAAACCUGAUGAUCUCAGAAGGACAUUUUGCAUCUGAAACCAUAAGGACUCGUUUGAUGGAGCUACACCGCCAAUGGGAAUUACUUUUGGAAAAGAUGCGGGAGAAAGGAAUUAAACUGCUGCAGGCCCAGAAGUUGGUGCAGUAUUUACGAGAAUGUGAGGAUGUAAUGGACUGGAUCAAUGAUAAGGAAGCAAUUGUGACGUCUGAGGAGCUAGGCCAGGAUCUGGAACAUGUGGAAGUUUUACAGAAGAAAUUUGAAGAGUUUCAAACAGAUAUGGCUGCCCAUGAAGAAAGAGUGAAUGAAGUGAACCAGUUUGCUGCCAAACUCAUUCAGGAGCAGCAUCCUGAAGAGGAACUGAUUAAGACCAAGCAGGAUGAAGUAAAUGCAGCCUGGCAGCGGCUGAAGGGGCUGGCUCUUCAGAGACAGGGAAAGCUUUUUGGGGCAGCUGAGGUUCAGCGCUUUAACAGGGAUGUGGAUGAGACUAUCGGUUGGAUUAAGGAAAAGGAGCAGUUAAUGGCCUCUGAUGAUUUUGGCCGAGACUUGGCAAGUGUUCAGGCUCUGCUUCGCAAGCAUGAGGGUUUGGAGAGAGAUCUUGCUGCUUUAGAGGACAAGGUCAAAGCCUUGUGUGCUGAGGCUGACCGCCUGCAGCAGUCCCACCCUUUGAGUGCUACUCAGAUUCAAGUGAAGCGAGAGGAACUGAUUACAAACUGGGAACAGAUCCGCACUCUGGCAGCAGAGAGACAUGCACGUCUCAAUGAUUCAUACAGGCUUCAACGCUUUCUUGCUGACUUCCGUGACCUCACCAGCUGGGUCACCGAGAUGAAAGCCCUUAUAAAUGCAGAUGAGCUUGCCAAUGACGUGGCUGGAGCUGAAGCCCUGCUGGAUAGACAUCAAGAGCACAAGCUGACAAUCCUUUCUGAUGAGAGAGCUGCCCUCCUGGAGCUGUGGGAACUGCGCAGGCAGCAGUAUGAGCAGUGCAUGGACCUGCAGCUCUUCUACCGAGACACCGAGCAAGUUGACAAUUGGAUGAGCAAACAAGAGGCAUUCUUGUUGAAUGAAGACCUGGGAGAUUCCUUGGAUAGUGUGGAAGCACUUCUGAAGAAGCAUGAGGACUUUGAGAAAUCCCUCAGUGCCCAGGAAGAAAAGAUUACAGCAUUAGAUGAAUUUGCCACCAAGCUAAUUCAGAACAAUCACUAUGCAAUGGAAGAUGUGGCUACUCGUCGAGAUGCUCUUUUGAGCCGUCGCAAUGCCCUUCAUGAGAGAGCCAUGUAUCGCCGGGCCCAACUGGCUGAUUCCUUCCACUUGCAGCAAUUUUUCCGUGAUUCUGAUGAGCUCAAGAGUUGGGUCAACGAAAAAAUGAAAACUGCCACAGAUGAAGCUUACAAGGACCCAUCCAACUUACAAGGAAAAGUACAGAAGCAUCAGGCUUUUGAGGCUGAGCUCUCAGCAAACCAGAGCCGAAUUGAUGCCCUAGAGAAAGCAGGGCAAAAGCUGAUUGAUGUCAACCACUAUGCCAAGGAUGAAGUAGCAACCCGCAUGAAUGAGGUGAUCACUUUAUGGAAGAAACUGCUAGAGGCCACUGAACUGAAAGGCAUAAAGCUUCGUGAAGCCAAUCAGCAGCAGCAGUUUAAUCGCAAUGUUGAAGAUAUUGAGCUGUGGCUGUAUGAAGUAGAAGGACACUUGGCCUCGGAUGAUUAUGGCAAAGAUCUCACCAAUGUCCAGAACCUCCAGAAGAAGCACGCCCUACUGGAGGCGGAUGUGGCUGCUCACCAGGAUCGAAUCGAUGGCAUCACCAUUCAGGCCCGCCAAUUCCAAGAUGCUGGCCAUUUUGAUGCUGAAAACAUCAAGAAGAAGCAGGAGGCCCUUGUCGCUCGCUAUGAGGCUCUCAAGGAACCCAUGAUUGCCCGAAAGCAGAAGCUGGCUGAUUCUCUGCGUUUGCAGCAGCUCUUCCGUGAUGUUGAGGAUGAGGAGACAUGGAUUCGAGAGAAGGAACCCAUUGCUGCAUCUACCAACAGAGGCAAAGAUUUGAUUGGAGUCCAGAAUCUGCUAAAGAAGCACCAGGCUUUACAAGCAGAAAUUGCUGGACACGAGCCUCGCAUCAAAGCAGUUACACAGAAGGGGAAUGCCAUGGUGGAGGAAGGACAUUUUGCUGCAGAAGAUGUGAAGGCCAAACUUAAUGAACUGAACCAGAAAUGGGAGUCACUGAAAUCCAAAGCCUCGCAGCGUCGGCAGGACCUCGAGGACUCACUGCAGGCCCAGCAGUACUUUGCUGAUGCCAACGAGGCCGAAUCCUGGAUGCGGGAAAAGGAGCCCAUCGUGGGCAGCACUGACUAUGGGAAGGAUGAGGAUUCUGCUGAGGCUCUGCUAAAGAAACAUGAAGCUUUGAUGUCGGAUCUCAGCGCCUACGGCAGCAGUAUUCACGCUUUGCGAGAGCAAGCUCAGUCAUGCCGGCAACAAGUGGCCCCUAUGGAUGAUGAGACUGGGAAGGAGUUGGUCUUGGCUCUCUAUGACUAUCAGGAGAAGAGUCCUCGAGAGGUCACCAUGAAAAAAGGAGAUAUUCUCACCUUACUCAACAGCACUAACAAGGACUGGUGGAAAGUAGAAGUGAAUGACCGUCAGGGUUUUGUGCCAGCUGCAUAUGUGAAGAAAUUGGACCCCGCCCAGUCAGCAUCACGGGAGAAUCUCCUGGAGGAGCAAGGCAGCAUAGCGCUGCGGCAGGAGCAAAUUGACAAUCAGACACGCAUAACUAAGGAGGCCGGCAGUGUAUCCCUGCGUAUGAAACAGGUGGAAGAACUAUACCAUUCUCUGCUGGAACUGGGUGAGAAACGUAAAGGCAUGUUGGAGAAAAGUUGCAAGAAGUUUAUGUUGUUCCGGGAAGCGAAUGAACUACAGCAGUGGAUCAAUGAGAAGGAGGCUGCUCUGACAAGUGAGGAGGUCGGCGCAGACUUGGAGCAGGUUGAGGUGCUACAGAAGAAGUUCGAUGACUUCCAGAAGGAUCUGAAGGCCAAUGAAUCACGGUUGAAGGACAUUAACAAAGUGGCUGAAGACCUGGAGUCUGAAGGUCUAAUGGCAGAGGAGGUGCAGGCGGUACAGCAGCAGGAGGUGUAUGGCAUGAUGCCCAGGGAUGAAGCUGAUUCCAAGACAGCUUCCCCGUGGAAGUCUGCUCGCCUGAUGGUUCACACAGUGGCCACCUUUAAUUCUAUCAAGGAGCUGAAUGAGCGUUGGCGGUCCCUGCAGCAGCUGGCUGAGGAGCGGAGCCAGCUCUUAGGCAGUGCCCAUGAAGUACAGAGGUUCCACAGAGAUGCGGAUGAAACCAAAGAAUGGAUUGAAGAGAAGAAUCAGGCGCUAAACACAGACAAUUAUGGCCAUGAUCUAGCUAGUGUCCAAGCCCUGCAGCGCAAGCAUGAGGGCUUUGAGAGAGACCUCGCUGCUCUUGGCGACAAGGUAAAUUCCCUUGGAGAAACAGCAGAACGCUUAAUCCAGUCCCAUCCUGAGUCAGCAGAGGACCUACAGGAAAAAUGCACCGAGUUAAACCAGGCCUGGAACAGCCUGGGAAAACGUGCAGACCAACGCAAGGCCAAGCUGGGUGACUCCCAUGACCUGCAGCGCUUCCUUAGUGAUUUCCGGGACCUCAUGUCUUGGAUCAAUGGAAUACGUGGGUUGGUAUCUUCAGAUGAGCUAGCCAAGGAUGUCACUGGAGCUGAAGCCUUGCUCGAGCGACACCAGGAACACCGGACAGAAAUUGAUGCCAGGGCUGGCACUUUCCAGGCAUUUGAGCAGUUUGGGCAGCAGCUGUUGGCUCACGGGCACUAUGCCAGCCCAGAGAUCAAGGAGAAACUAGAUAUUCUAGAUCAGGAGCGAGCAGAUCUGGAGAAGGCCUGGGUUCAGCGCAGGAUGAUGUUAGAUCAGUGCCUUGAACUGCAGCUGUUUCACAGGGACUGUGAGCAAGCUGAGAACUGGAUGGCUGCCCGGGAGGCCUUCCUGAAUACUGAAGACAAGGGAGACUCACUGGACAGUGUGGAGGCUCUGAUCAAAAAACAUGAAGAUUUUGACAAAGCAAUUAAUGUCCAGGAAGAGAAGAUUGCCGCUCUGCAGUCCUUUGCUGACCAACUCAUCUCUGCUGAUCACUAUGCUAAAGGAGACAUUUCUAGUCGUCGUAAUGAGGUUUUGGACAGGUGGCGACGUCUAAAAGCCCAAAUGAUUGAGAAAAGGUCAAAGCUGGGAGAAUCUCAGACCCUUCAGCAGUUUAGCCGGGAUGUGGAUGAGAUUGAAGCUUGGAUCAGUGAGAAGUUACAGACAGCAAGUGAUGAAUCCUACAAGGAUCCCACCAACAUCCAGCUAUCCAAGCUGCUGAGCAAGCACCAGAAGCAUCAGGCCUUCGAAGCAGAGCUGCAUGCCAAUGCUGACCGGAUCCGCGGAGUCAUUGACAUGGGCAACUCCCUCAUUGAACGUGGGGCCUGUGCUGGCAGUGAAGAUGCUGUCAAGGCCCGACUGGCUGCCUUAGCUGACCAGUGGCAAUUUCUGGUGCAGAAGUCAGCUGAAAAAAGCCAGAAACUGAAGGAAGCCAACAAGCAGCAGAACUUCAACACUGGAAUCAAGGACUUUGACUUCUGGCUCUCUGAGGUGGAAGCCCUUCUAGCAUCUGAAGAUUACGGCAAAGACCUGGCUUCUGUGAACAACCUGCUAAAGAAACAUCAGCUGCUGGAGGCAGACAUCUCUGCCCAUGAGGAUCGCCUGAAGGACCUGAAUAGCCAAGCAGACAGUCUGAUGACCAGCAGUGCCUUCGACACUUCCCAAGUAAAGGACAAGCGGGACACCAUCAAUGGUCGCUUCCAGAAGAUCAAGAGCAUGGCAGCUUCCCGGCGAGCCAAGCUAAAUGAAUCCCAUCGCCUGCACCAGUUCUUCCGUGACAUGGAUGAUGAGGAGUCCUGGAUCAAGGGCCAGCGGCUAGAAGAGUCCUUGGAGUAUCAGCAGUUUGUAGCCAAUGUGGAAGAGGAAGAGGCCUGGAUUAAUGAGAAAAUGACCCUGGUGGCCAGUGAAGAUUAUGGAGAUACUCUUGCUGCUAUCCAGGGCUUGCUGAAGAAACAUGAAGCUUUUGAGACAGACUUUACUGUCCACAAGGAUCGUGUGAAUGAUGUCUGCACUAAUGGACAAGACCUCAUUAAGAAGAACAAUCACCAUGAGGAGAACAUCUCUUCAAAGAUGAAGGGCUUAAAUGGGAAAGUAUCUGACCUGGAGAAAGCUGCAGCCCAGAGGAAGGCAAAACUUGAUGAGAACUCAGCCUUCCUUCAAUUUAAUUGGAAGGCUGACGUAGUGGAGUCCUGGAUUGGUGAAAAAGAGAACAGCUUAAAGACAGAUGAUUAUGGCCGAGAUCUAUCUUCUGUCCAAACUCUCCUUACCAAACAGGAAACUUUUGAUGCUGGCCUGCAGGCCUUCCAACAAGAAGGCAUUGCCAACAUCACUGCCCUCAAAGAUCAGCUGCUGGCUGCCAAGCACAUUCAGUCAAAGGCUAUCGAGGCCCGGCAUGCCUCCCUCAUGAAAAGGUGGAGCCAGCUUUUGGCCAACUCAGCCACCCGGAAGAAGAAGCUGCUGGAGGCUCAGAGUCAUUUCCGCAAGGUGGAAGACCUCUUCCUGACCUUUGCCAAAAAAGCUUCUGCCUUCAACAGCUGGUUUGAAAAUGCAGAGGAGGACUUAACAGACCCAGUGCGCUGCAACUCCUUGGAAGAAAUCAAAGCCUUGCGUGAGGCCCAUGAUGCCUUCCGCUCCUCCCUUAGCUCAGCCCAAGCCGACUUCAACCAGCUGGCUGAGCUAGACCGCCAGAUCAAGAGUUUCCGUGUGGCCUCCAAUCCCUAUACCUGGUUCACAAUGGAGGCCUUGGAGGAAACCUGGAGAAACCUCCAGAAAAUCAUCAAGGAAAGGGAGCUGGAGCUGCAGAAGGAGCAGCGCCGGCAGGAGGAAAAUGACAAGUUGCGCCAGGAGUUUGCUCAGCAUGCCAACGCCUUCCACCAGUGGAUCCAAGAGACCAGAACAUAUCUCCUCGAUGGGUCCUGCAUGGUGGAAGAGUCAGGGACCCUCGAAUCCCAGCUUGAAGCUACCAAACGCAAACACCAGGAAAUUCGAGCCAUGAGGAGUCAACUCAAGAAGAUUGAGGACCUGGGAGCUGCCAUGGAGGAAGCACUUAUACUGGACAACAAGUACACGGAGCACAGCACUGUGGGUCUGGCCCAGCAGUGGGACCAGCUGGACCAGCUUGGCAUGCGCAUGCAGCAUAACCUGGAGCAGCAGAUCCAGGCCAGGAACACAACAGGUGUGACCGAGGAGGCCCUCAAAGAGUUCAGCAUGAUGUUUAAACACUUUGACAAGGACAAGUCUGGCAGGCUGAACCACCAGGAGUUCAAAUCCUGCCUGCGCUCCUUGGGCUAUGACCUGCCCAUGGUGGAAGAAGGGGAACCUGACCCUGAGUUUGAGGCAAUCCUAGACACAGUGGAUCCAAACAGGGAUGGCCAUGUCUCCCUGCAAGAAUACAUGGCUUUCAUGAUCAGCCGUGAAACUGAGAACGUCAAGUCCAGUGAGGAAAUCGAGAGCGCCUUCCGUGCCCUCAGCUCAGAGGGAAAGCCGUACGUGACCAAGGAGGAGUUAUACCAGAACCUGACUAGGGAACAAGCAGACUACUGUGUCUCCCACAUGAAGCCCUAUGUGGAUGGCAAAGGCCGUGAGCUCCCCACAGCCUUUGACUACAUCGAGUUCACCCGCUCGCUCUUCGUGAAUUGA